GGGAAACUGACUCCAGCGCUGGUAACAAUGUUUACGUAUGACCGUAUGGUGGCCCGUUUCAAAGUCGGAUGUCUCUUGCUCGUUCUUCUCUGGUCUCUCUGGAGUUGCACGUGGUUGAUGCGUCAGUCCAUCUGCCCUCGCCUGGAAUCACCCCCACCGCAGCUCACCGUCACUACAGAGAAACACCUCCUCCCGCCUCCAAGCGACGACCCGGCAGUCAUGGCGGCUGCGCUCUUCUCAUUUAUCGAGCUCCCCCAGUACUGGUGUCGCCGUCUCACCAUGUUUGGAGGGCAGACGUUCAGCGAGGACACUGCGGGCUCCAUCGACGGAAACAAGUUCAUUUGUUUAGACGAGCCCCCAGCGCUGCCCUGUCUCGUCUAUUCGUUUGGGAGUCGAGACGAGUGGAGUUUUGAGCGCGACGUGAAGCGUCAGCUCGGCUGUGAAGUACACACUUUCGAUCCGAGUUUGAGCGAUUCGAGAACCCCGAAAGAAACUCACGGUGCGGUGUUUCAUUCCAUCGGUCUCGGUGGUUCGACGCGAGUCAACGCACGCGGUUGGAAGCUCGCAACGCUGCGGGAUCUGCGCGCUCAACUGGGGCACCUGACUUCCCUCAUCGCCUACCUGAAGGUGGACAUCGAGGGCGGGGAGUGGGAGUGGCUUGAGACAGAGGCGGAGGAGCUGCAGGAUGUGCUGCAGAUCGGCAUGGAGGUCCACCUGCCUAUGCCAAUGACGCCCAUAGUGCUGAAACGUGUGUAUGGUGUGUUUCGGAGGCUCCAAAAGGCUGGUUUUAGAACGGUGUUUUCGGAGGUUAACCGCGUCUGGGGAAGAAAUCUGAAGGUAGACGGAAUGGAAGGAAACGUGGGGAGGUAUUAUGAGAUUGUGUGGGUGCGGGUCACGUGAUGGGUGAAAUGAGAGAUCGGGUGUU